UAACAGCAAAGCUCUCCGUCAUUUCAGCAGCUUUUAGAGAGGCCGGUAAGGAACCUGCACCGAGGGAUAAGAGGUGUCGCUGCAUAAAAUUAGCUCCUAUUGGAGUAAACUCUGUCAUGUGACCACUAAUGGAUGUUCGUCUGUUGAUGCAACAUGCACAAUAAUGGAUAAGUUUGUGAUUAAAAAAGCCAAAACUAAAAGCAAAAGGACUCUUGUUGAUGACACUGGCAGUCCUACAGAGGACCUGACGGGAAAGAAGUGUAGGACUGAAGAGGCUGACGCUCUGCUGGAACAGACUUCUACAUGGAAGAGGAUCCGUGAAGAAAACCUGAACUGUGAUUAUACCUCUCUAUUCAACAAGGCAGAAGCUGAUGAGAUCUUUCAGCAGCUAGAAAAAGAUAUUGUAUAUUUUACAGGCGACUUGAGUAAAGUUCAAGUAUAUGGUAAAUGGCAUAAUGUUCCAAGGAAGCAGGUGACUUUUGGUGAUGAAGGACUGACCUAUACAUUUUCUGGCAUCACAUUGUCUCCCAAACCAUGGAUUCCUGUGCUGAACCUUAUACGGGAGAGAGUACAAUUGGUCACGGGGCACUCUUUCAACUUUGUUCUUAUUAACAGAUAUAAAGAUGGUAAUGACCAUAUCGGUGACCACAGAGAUGAUGAAAAGGAGCUGGUUCCACAAAGUCCCAUUGCGUCUGUGUCUUUUGGAGCUUGUAGGGAUUUUGUCUUUCGACAUAGAGACUCACGAGGCAAAAAUUCUGUGCGUACGAUUGAACCUGUGAAGCUGGAGCUAGAGCAUGGUAGCUUGCUUAUGAUGAACUUCCCAACCAAUGUCUACUGGUACCACAGCCUCCCAGUCAGAAGAAAAGUACUUGCUGCCCGAGUUAAUCUAACAUUCCGUAAAAUGAAGCCACCAACCCAGAGAUGAGCAGAUCAUUGUGAUAGGAAGGAAAUGGGUCAGAGAGUAACCAAGCCGGAUGCAGUUGUGAAUUAAUGGCAAACAGUAUUUUGCAUAGUUUUUACUUGCGUUCAUGUGCUAAUUUCAGAUGAGGGGCCAGUAUUAAAAGGGUUGUCUGAGUUCCUGCCCUGCACCUUCAAUUUAAAGCUAGAUGAGAAGUCACAAAAAGCAUGAAGAUGUCACCGUGUCAAAUGACAUGCUGCUACAAUAGUAAUGGCCGCUGUCAUCAACUGCAGCUAGUCACUACCGAGUGUCUAUCACGGUGGGCUCGACCCAGCGAAUGCUUUGUUUGGUCAUUCUGACAACUGACUGACCAACUGCAGCACACCUCAUUUUGGUUAAAGGGCCCCCUGCUGAUCACCAGAACAGGCAUCUGUGUUUCCCAAGACACACAUGCGUGUCCCCUACAACAUUCAACUCUAUACAGCUAGUGUUGAUAGCAAGCACUUGUAAUUCCACUAUCUUCAGCAGCCUCAGCAUGCAAGUGUGUCUGUCACUGCAUUCAAACAGGGGCCCCAGCAGUCAGACCCCUAGCCUAUCAGACACUUAUCCCCAUAAGUUGUUGUAAUGGGAAAACCUCUUUAAAGCAACCAAAGCACGAUAAAAAGGCAAAUAUAAUCCUUCCCCCACUCAUAGGUUUUCUUUUAGACCGUUUCAUAGAUAUGCCCCAUAGCUCCAGAUUUGGAUAUGGCUGUUGUAGAUACUCAAUGACUUCUAUCACCGGGUCUGUGGAUACUAGACAUGGCUUUUUCUUCAGGCUUCCAGGAUCUAACUCAGAACGAAAGAAAAGUCUUUUGCACUUCUUGGUUCAAGGCAAUAGCCUGGUAGUACCUAGGCACUGGAAACCAUGUUGCUGGCUGCUGAUUCCAAAAUAUAUGCCAAAUACUUUCACAGCUCUCUUCUGUCCUGGCUUAAUUUCAAUGACUCCUAAUUAUAGGGACAUACAUAAAAUCCAAAAGAUUUAUGCAGAUGCGGACCCAUUGACUUGAAUGGGUCUGCGAUCUGCAAAAGAUAGGGCAUGUCCUAUCUUUUGUGGUGCAGA